GUCAGUCAUCUCUCUCACACACACACACACUCUCACACACACACACAAGGCAAGCACUCGUGUGAAGUUGCACAUAUAAGGAUCUUCUUCUGGCUUUCAGACGCACAAAUGGAGCAGGAUGAGACCACUGAGGACGCUGAGCUGUCAGCAGCGAUUAUGAAGAGACACUUUCGCCCGUCGCUGAUCAGAUACGAAGUGUGGGAAGGAUACGAGUUCGCAGACAAGGAGAUCAAAAUCACGGAGGCGAGGGACAGUUACGGGGCCGUUCUGUGGCCCUCGGCCAUGGUUUUGUGUCAUUUCCUCGACACGCACCGAGACGAGUAUCCCCUGACGGACAAGAGCAUCAUCGAGCUGGGCGCUGGAACCGGCCUCGUUACCAUAGUAACCAGCCUCCUGGGGGCAAAGGUGACGUCCACAGAUCUGCCGGAUGUUUUGGGGAAUCUGAGACACAACGUGAACCGUAACACCAGAGGACUGUGCAGACACGAGCCACUUGUGACCGAGCUCUGCUGGGGGCAACAGCUGGACGAGCGAUUCCCGCUUAACACCUGCCACUACGACUACAUCAUAGCCGCAGACGUGGUGUACGCACAUCCACACCUGCAGCAGCUGAUGGAGACCUUCAUCCACCUGAGCUCAGAGCACACCAUCAUCCUGUGGGCCAUGAGGUUCCGUCUGGAUCCCGAGAACCGCUUCGUGGACGCAUUUGAGAAGCACUUUCACCUGGAGGAACUUUAUAACCUGCCCAGCCUGCGGAUAAAGCUGUACCGAGCACAAAAACGACGCGUUUGACCCGAACGGCCCCUAAGAACUGCAACUAAAAUAUAUUACAGGGUGGGUUAGGAUAAAUUAAUUAAUUAAACCAUGAUUUAUUUCGUGAUUCCAGAAGUUUCAAGAACUGCUGACGUCGGAAAUAAAAACAAAAGUUACUGAGAAGAUCAAAGUAAAUCUCAGUAACGGAUGCUCUGCAGUGAAUGGGUGCCGUCAGAAUGAGAAUCUGAUAAAAACAGAGCCAAGAAGAAGACAAGAACUUGAUGAUGAAGAAGUGUAUGAUGUUUCUUCUGAAACUCUACAGUGUCUACAGGCUUUUCUAGUUUGGAGCUUCUAGAAGAAAGCAGAACUGAUUUCCAAGUUAAGAAGAAGCAGAUGUGUCUAUGACUAGCGGCACGUAGCAGUAAUGGAUCACAAACAUGUUUUGGUUCUUCUGAGGGCAGAAGCCCAUUUGGACCAUGCAUGCAUGUCUGAUGAUGAUUCACGGAGAUAUCUGAUCCUGGGAUCAAGUGCUGGAGUCUGGCAGGGCCAUUACAUGAUGAAAACACACGUACACCACAUAUAAUCCACAUAAACAGAGAUUUAGAAAACAUCCCAGUGCAGGACAGCCAAUCAUUUCAACAUAAUCUCUUCAUGCAUGCAUCUGCCAAACGCUGUAAAUGUGGAAGAGAUCAGGCCCUACAAGGGAAAGGUGUUCAAUCGGCCGCUGAUUCCAGAGAGUUUUGACAAACACACAAGAAACUGGAGAGCAUACAGAAGAAGGAUUUAGGGCGAUGACCUCAUGUGUCCUCCAGAGAUAUAAUGAGUGUUAUAUUGGGUUUCCCUUCUGUGGAAUCCAUUUAGUGCAUACCAGCUGCCUAGACUCAUAGAAACCAACAGGAAUGGAAUAAAUGGGCAAAAAAA